UCUACGCUUUCACCACAUUCCCUCAGGAUGAUAAUUGCAGAAUCUAGCAAAACGUCAGAUUGACUCUCUUCUCUCGAUGUCUCUACUCGUGGAUUCAAUCGAGAGAAGAGAAUCAAUCCUGAACCACAACCGUCAAGCUGAAAUGUUGAACUCCUCGAAUCAUACAGGUCGUGAAACCCAUUGUCUUUUCAUAUUUUUAAAUAUUAUUUACCGGCUUUGUAUGUAAAACAAUUCUAUGAUAAAACGGAUAAAGCGAAAAUAGAAACAUAACCAAUGUUCUUUGAUUUCUUGAUUAUUAUUUCAAAUAAGGACCGUCAAUUACUCACAAUCAGUAGGUGAUCAGUCAUCUUAUCCAAAAAUUAAAAAGAAUUGAACUGCAUCAAAAAUCGAAUGGUGUUAUUUUCGUAAGCAAGUGUAAUAUUAAAAUGAUUUUAGCUGGCGUUCACUUUGUCCAAGUUCUAAUCAAAGCGAUCGCGGUAGAUAUAAUUCCCGAAAAGGAACAAGUAACCGUCUUCACCAAUAUCGGAGCCUUAUUAGGGGUUGGAUUCACAUUAGGCCCAGUAAUUGGAGGUCAUCUUUACGCUGCUCACGGAGACUUCUUUUAUAUUGUUGUUAUAGUCAAUACGUUAUACUUGGCAUGCUUGGGAGCCGUUGCUUUACUUCCGGAGACCCAAACAUCCGCCAAACCAACAAAACCAAAGUCAGGAGUAAUCCAGAACAUCCAACAAAUAAACUGGACGCUGAUUUGGGACGUCUUUUUAGUCAAAAUGGCCAGCGAAUUGGCUUUUUCUUUUUGGAGAUCGACGCUGAUAAUUUUAAUGAGGGAAGUGUUCGAUAUCCCCACAAAAUCUCUGGGAUACUUUAUCGGAUACAACAGUGUCCUUAUGGUACUUUCAAACAUCUUCAUGCCGUUCAUACAACGGAAUUUAUAUCCAGAUGAUCAAAAUGGUACCAAUAAACUACUUAAAUUAUCUCUACUCCUGCAAGGAGUGGCUUUUGCUCUAAUGGCAGUCAGCAAAUCUUUCUCUGCAUUUGUAAUACUCUGUACUCCACUAAUAUUUGGAAAAGUAUUGCUAGACACAGUUUGGAUGAAAAUAUUGCUGAAUCGUAUUAAAGAUGAAGAUAAAGGAGUUAUUAUUGGUGCUUCUGAUAGCAUUGUGCCUCUAAGCGGUUUUAUUAGCCCCAUUACAGUUGGAGCUGUUGUGGAAGUGUCCAGUCUCGGAGCAUCUUGCUACCUACCCCUACUGGCUCUAGCUGUAUCAGUUCCAAUUAUUAACAAAUUAGGAAAUUAAAUAAAAUAUUGGAACCCAA